ACCACCAUCAUCACCAUCAUCACCAUCACCACCAUAAUCACCACCAUCAUCACCAUCAUCAUAAUCACCAUCAUCAUCAUCACCACCAUAAUCACCAUCAUCACCAUCAUCAUCACCACCAUAAUCACCAUCAUCACCAUCAUCAUCAUCAUCAUCAUCAUCAUCACCACCUUCACCAUCAUCAUCAUCAUCAUCAUCAUCAUCUUCAUCACCGUCACCACCUUCAUCACCACCAUCAUCACCAUCAUCAUCACCAUCAUCAUAAUCACCAUCAUCAUCAUCACCACCAUAAUCACCAUCAUCACCAUCAUCAUCAUCUUCAUCACCGUCACCACCUUCAUCAUCCCCGUGUGUGCGUGCCUGUGCUGGACUGAGUGUCAGCGGGGCGGGCCGGGUCUCGUGGCCCCCCUGCUGGAUAUUUGUGCGCCUUCAGUUCGGCGGCAGCACCAGAGGCAGCAGCAGCAGCCGGUGCGCCAACAUGCGGACUGAGAGCAGCGACCUGCGGGGCGCUGAGCCGUCUCACCGGGGCCCGCUGACCGGAGCAGCUCGGGGCUGAGUCCUUCUCUUCUCCAGCAGGGACCCGGGUCAUGGACUGCGGAGCCCCGCGGGGAAACCCCUCUCUCUGAAAGUGUCUGUGCCGCGCCGCGGUUCCUCCCCCGGUGUGUGCGGUGCGUCUGCAGCGCGCGCUCAGCUCAGACUUGGAUACCUUCCGUCCAGCCAGACGGUCCGAGGGAAACCCCGGGCGCGCCUCAUUCCCUCUGGAGGAUUAGGUCUGAUACUGUCUCACCUGGACCUGCUCCGAGGACAUGGAUCACUCCUGCUGUUGCUUGGCUGUGUUUCUGCUCGCUCUGUCUCUGGGCUUCAGGAUAGAGGAGGCCACGUGCCAACACUACUAUCUCCUCCGUCCCAUUCCCAGCGACUCUCUGCCCGUGGUGGACCUCAGAGAGGACCCGGAUCCGGUGCUGGACCCUAAGGAGAAGGACCUGAACGAGACGGAGCUCAGGAGCACUCUGGGCAGCCACUUCGACCCGCACUUCAUGUCCGUCUCCCCGCCGGAGGACAAGUACGCGGGGAACGAGGACGUGAGCGAGGCGGACCUCCGGCAGAAGCUCUCCGGAGCGAUGCCCAAAGAGAUCCGGGCCAUGGAGUUCGAGGUCCAGCACGGCAAGAAGCAGAAGCCGAGUAAAAAACUCCGGAGAAGGCUGCAGCUGUGGCUGUGGUCGUACGCCUCCUGCCCGGUUGUUUACGCGUGGAACGACCUGGGCAGCCGGUUCUGGCCGCGCUACGUGAAGGUGGGGAGCUGCUACAAUAAGCGGUCUUGUUCGGUCCCUGAAGGGAUGGUCUGCAAACCUGCCAAAUCGACUCACUUUACGGUCCUGCGAUGGCGCUGCCUGCAGAAAAAGGGGGGUCUGAAAUGCGCCUGGAUACCCGUUCAGUACCCGAUCAUAUCCGAGUGCAAAUGCUCCUGCCCGACCUGAGGCGCUGCCGGACCGGACUCGCGGCGGCUUUUACUCCCGAGCUCGGUGCAGCUCGGUUCCGUGCGACAAAGUGAAGAAGAGAAGAAGAAGAGUGGACAUCCGAUGCACGUGUUUUUAUUUCAUGACAGAACUUUGUAUAAAAAAGGAAGGUCGGUGUUAUUAAUAUAAUCAAAUCUACUGUAUCUGUCAAACGUACCCUGAUUGUAUCUGCUCGUGUUUAUGAAGGAGGGUCAAAAGGACUCGUGAGGAUCUUUAAGAUGAGUUUAAGGAGCUCUGACAGCACGUGUGAUGGUGGAAACAGACAGAAACAUUAACACAGACUGAAUAUUAUCAUCCGGUCCCCUUUUCUAACUCGGUGUCAUCUUCAGAAGCUGUAAAAUAAAGAGGGGCAGCUGGUCUUUAACCAGCAGGACUGAGA